AUGUUCCGUACGCUACUCCUCAUUUACGUCGCGUCGUUGGUUCACAGUGAAUACAAGGGUGAUGUUGUGAAACAUGUGCGCCAUACUGGCAGGACCCUCAUUAGGCAUGGGCGGUCGAGGACUCAUUUGACGAGACAUCGGGCCAGGGAGCUGGUGGCCCAGGACAUCGAGGCCGAGAAAAGCAGUGAGCUAGAAAGCAUCGACAAAUCUGGGGAGGACCCGAUAGUAUCCGCCCUCAGGCCAUACGGCGCGGACAGCGAUGACGGCGCCAUCAAAGACCCCAACCAGUUCCAAAAGUUCUUUGGAAACUUCUCCUCCGCCCAUUUCACCAAACCUUCAGACGUAACCCUCACAGGACACUUGUUAAAUCUAGAACAUAGCUACGACAAUGAAACACAAAAAAUAGAUAACUCAGAUAAUGUAAAUGCAACCAAUGAAACUGUAGAUGUAGAAAACAUCACUAUAUCUAAGCCUGUACAUGAAGAUGUUGUUACUAGAUUCCUAAGGUUAAUAGAAACCCAGCAUUUGCUAGGAGAGAACUGUACAGCGGGGACUGAUUUGAAUUUAGGCGAAGGAGUUGUAGAUAGGUAUGCUCAAGAAAGAUUUAGGAUAGAAGCCGAUGUGGCUGUGAAUAGAGCGAACAUGCUGACCAGAUUGUGGAAAUAUGCUGGUCCGUCAGUGAUGCAUAAUGAAUAUUUGCUACAUGCUAGUGUGUUUUCCAUGGUGGAGUUUGAUGAUGAUAUUUUUGCUGCGGGAAACUGCUACGAUCAGUUUCAGUAUAAGGAUUACCAGCUUUUUUGUCCUUUUGCGUAUCGAUUGCCGGAAGGACCAAUAUUGGCCAAGGAUUUGGCCGUGGAGUACAAAUAUUUGAGCAAUACGUCUGAAUGGUUCUAUAUUGCUCGCAAAAAUGCUGAGCGCGUGAUACGUAACUACAAUCAGUUUCGAAGAGGUUACAACACGUACACAUACAACGAUACGGCGCACACAGCUCGCGUGCCGGACGAGAUACUGUCCGUCACCUACGAGGAUGGGAAGUGGUCCAAACCGUACUACGACUGCGGGGGCGGCAACAUCUGGAUGCUGACAUACACAGUGCCUUUCUUUGGAUACAACAAUGGGACUUAUUUUUUCAAAGGAACGAGCGGGAUAGACAUAGAUCUGCGCCGAGUUGAUAUAGACCAGUGUCCUUUGAGGCCUGGAUCGGUUCAGCUCAACAUCUUCGCCGGGACUGACAAAUGCAAGAAGAAGACUACUGAGUGUGUUCCAGUCCCAGGGUUGGGCUUCAGGCGAGGUUCGUACUGGUGCGUCUGCCGGCGUGGCUUCUAUUUCCCCAACACCACGGCCGACCUUAGAUAUUACAACGGCAGCGAUAUUGAGGAGGAGUACGAGAAGAGCUUACUGAACCAGCGAAGCCUAUACUCCACCGAGCAUGCCUUCGAAUGUCUUCCGUGCGCCGAAGGCUGCGAAGCUUGCGUUGACGGCUCGCCGUGUGUGGCCGCCCUUAAUUGGGUCGCACGGACUACCAUCCUCGCCCUUGCCUGCUUUUUCAUCUCCUGUCUACCGUUCAUCGUUUACUUUACCAUCAAAUAUGGACAUGUUAGGGUCGUCCGCGCAGCAAGUCCAGCUCUCCUCAGAGUGAUUGUUCUGGGAGCCUUCCUCAUCUACUGCACAACUCUGGUCAUGUACAGUCGACCGACUGUGUUCACGUGCACGGCCAGGGUCUGGCUCAGAGAAGUCGGCUUCUGUCUCACUUAUGGAGCACUCAUGUUGAAAACGUGGAGAAUAUCCGUGAUCUUCCAAGUACGGUCAGCAAAGGCAGUCAAAAUAUCCGACAUGUAUCUAUUGCGGCGGAUCGGCAUCAUAGUAGGGGUGGCGUGCGUGUUGCUCGCCAUUCGCACGCUGGUGGCGCCCCCUGCUGUCAUUGUGGGGAGGACGAAGGAGGAUUUGAAGGCGUAUUUGUGUAACACAGAUUGGUGGGACCAUUCUUUUACAACAUUGGAGGUGAUAUUCCUCAUGUGGGGCAUCAGACUGUGUAUCAUGGUCAGGAAAGCACCCUCGGAGUUCAAUGAGAGCCGGUUCAUCUCCAUGGCAAUCUACAACGAGUUUCUGCUUUCCGUCUUCUUAAACAUAUCUAUGUUAUUCCUCCAGUCUCCAGCCAACCCCGACCUUCUGUACAUCAUCUUCUUCUGCCACACGCAGCUGACUGUCACGCUGCUGCUUUGCUUCAUCUUCGGGAGCAAGGCAUACAUGGUGUACAAAGGGCAUGGCAAAGAUGAGCGCGAGAAGACUGGCAAGUUCAGGUCUCGUGCUGCCGAGUCCACCUACACCAUGACCACAAACCGCAGCACGAGGUUCUGUGACAACAUGACUGAGAGGGAACUCGAGGAGGAGUUCAGAAAAAUCUGCAAUCAACUUGAGAAGCUCCGGGAGCGGUGUGGCAAUGGCGCCAUAUCUAGACGCAUCACAGCCAUGCAAGAUGCUUCAGCAAUACAUGAAAGAAAACCAACCACGUCGGACCACUCCGCACCACUUAAACUAAAUACUGUAUUCAGUGCUGUGGCUGACCGCCUGAUGUGUACGGUCACUCCUGCCGAAGAAUCCAGUAGCAGCGGCAGGGAUCUACCCUUCGAAGCUCCGCCAGCAUACAAGCACAAAACCUUUAGUCCUUUAAAAACUGUCGAUGACAGUCAAACAGAACCUAGUCACACUGAUGUCACAAUAGCCACGGAUUCUCCGAAAAGAAAAACAGAACUAAAUGAUGAACAGACAGAUGAUAAGCAGAAUGGUGUUUUUAAAAUAUCCGGUGAAGCGAACUGUAGUGAUAUAAGGCCACCUGAGGUAGCUAGUAGGAAUGGUUUUAGUAGUAAAAGUGAAAAAAGUGAAUUAAAAUCAAGUCCCAGUAGUACAGAGACGCUGAAAGGUGUGAGAUCAGGUCACGCUCGGACACACGCCAUCGUAAUCAAUCUGGAUGACAAAAGUCGUUUUACUGAAGAAGUCACUGUGUAAUCUUCCAUAUUUAAAGACGUC